AUGUCCAUCUCUAACCGUCAGGUCAUCUACGCAAAUACGCCGUCGCCAGCCAUCAACCCCUCGUUGGACAACGGCACCUUCAAGCUGAAUACCACCUCCCUCCCCAACGGCCGCAAUGAAUCCAUCCCUCAAGACAAAGUCCUCGUUCGCGUACACUACCUCUCCCUCGACCCUGCUAUGCGCCAAUGGCUCACAGCCAAACGCUCCUAUAUCGCCCCCGUCGAGCGCGGCAGCGUCAUGCGCGGCCAGAGCAUUGCCCAGGUCGUAGCCGUGGGUACGGACCUCACCUCCCAAUACGCCGCGGGCGACUGGGUGGUCGCCUACUCGGGCUGGCAGGAAUAUGCGCUUCUGGGGGCUAAGGAGGCGCAGAAGGUCACCGUGCCGGCUGGUGGUCGCCCCACCGACGCCAUGUCGGUUCUGGGCAUGACAGGUCUUACAGCAUACUUUGGUAUGUUGGAGGUUGGGCAGCCGCAGCCCGGGAAUACGGUUGUUGUGUCUGGUGCAGCUGGUGCAACGGGUAUGGUUGCCGGACAGAUUGCGAAGAUCAAGGGUGCGAAGCGGGUUGUUGGAUUGGCUGGCAGCGCGGAUAAGUGUGACUUCUUGGUUAAGGAGCUGGGUUUCGAUGCUGCCAUCAACUACAAGGAUGCCGAUUGGAAGAAGCAGUUGAAGGAAGCUACUCCGGAAUACAUUGAUGUAUUCUUCGACAAUGUAGGAGGUGAGAUUCUCGAUGCUUGUCUGGCACGCGCGGCGCGUGAUGCACGGUUUGCCAUUUGCGGUGCUAUCAGUCAAUACAAUGCGGCCAAGCCGCAGGGUCCGGCCAGUUUCAUGACGGUCAUUUCACAACGAGUCACCAUGAAAGGAUUCAUUGUGUUCGACUACGCGAAGAAAUACUCUACGGCCCUUAACGAUCUCGCGACGUGGCUGUCGCAGGGUAAACUCAAGCGCAGGGAGCACAUCGUCCCCGGGGGCCUGGAGGCGGCACCACGGGCAUUAGUGAACCUGUACGAAGGCGCGAAUACGGGCAAGAUGAUGGUUGAAGUUGCUCCAGUUGAGGAGAAGGCUCGACUGUGA